GACGUUGAUUUGGGGAGAAGAAGAAGAAAUGGAGCAAUCAGUUGUGGAUGACAUAAUCAAUCGUCUGCUUGAAGUUCGCAUCCGUCCAGGGAAGCAGGUUCAGCUAUCGGAGUCAGAGAUCCGCCAACUCUGCGUAGUUUCUAGAGAGAUUUUCUUACAACAACCUAAUUUAUUGGACCUCGAAGCACCCAUCAAGAUUUGUGGUGACGUACAUGGUCAAUAUUCUGAUCUUUUAAGGCUUUUUGAGUAUGGUGGAUUACCUCCUGAGGCCAACUACUUGUUUUUGGGGGAUUAUGUGGAUCGAGGGAAGCAGAGUUUAGAAACAAUUUGCCUUCUCCUUGCUUAUAAAAUAAAAUAUCCCGAGAACUUUUUCCUGUUAAGGGGAAACCAUGAGUGCGCUUCUAUAAACCGGAUAUAUGGAUUUUAUGAUGAGUGCAAGAGAAGGUUUAAUGUAAGGUUAUGGAAGACAUUUACAGAAUGCUUCAAUUGCCUGCCAGUAGCAGCCCUUGUUGAUGAAAAGAUUCUGUGUAUGCAUGGGGGACUUUCUCCUGACUUGCAUAAUUUGGAUCAGAUUAGAAAUUUACAGCGACCCUCUGAUGUUCCCGACACAGGUUUGCUUUGUGAUCUCCUUUGGUCUGACCCAAGCAAAGAUGUUCAAGGAUGGGGAAUGAAUGACAGGGGAGUUUCAUAUACAUUUGGUGCUGAUAAGGUCUCAGAGUUUCUUCAGAAACAUGAUCUUGAUCUUAUUUGUCGUGCUCAUCAGGUUGUGGAGGAUGGAUACGAGUUCUUUGCUAACCGACAGCUCGUAACAAUAUUUUCAGCACCUAAUUAUUGUGGGGAGUUUGACAAUGCUGGUGCUAUGAUGAGUGUUGAUGAGACAUUAAUGUGCUCUUUCCAAAUAUUAAAGCCAGCUGAUAAAAAAACAAAGCACAAUUUCGGAAGUACAGCCACUGCUAAGCCUGGAAACUCUCCAGCAGGUGUAAAGUCCUUCCUGGGUGCGAAAGUAUGAAAUUAAUAUUGGGGAAAAGGUUGCUGCGACUAUUGGCUGUCUUGAACUCCUACUGGUUGCAAGAAAAGGAAAGCGUAGUUCCAUUUCGUCUACUGUGAUAUUUCGGAAUUGUAAAAUCAAAGGGAAACACCAUCAUGAACUAUGUAAACCAUUGUUUUUUAUUGGUACAAAUUUGCAUUUCAAGAUGGAGAGCCAUAAAUCUCCUUGUCUUCGUUGUACACGAACAGUUUGUAUAUUUUCUGAAUUGUAAGCUUCUCAAGAGUAGAUGGAUACAUCCGGACCUGUUGCUGGGAACCAUUUAAAAAUGGUUACGAUUGGCAUAUGGAUGGCGGAUGAGGUGGUAAAACAGAAUAUGGUUGAAUCUCUUAUUUUCUCGUUUUGGUUAUCAUUUUUUCUUUUAGUGAGGAAUCUUGCUUUAAUUUGGGAUCUCCUACGAUUUUACUUGAUUUCCUCCGGAAACUUGAUUCGAGGCAUUGGACGGAAACAAGAAAGCUUCCCACCUGGCAGUAGUUUUGUCAUUUGUGAUAUUGCUUUGUAAUAGGAUCGCUUGAUUUGUCGUUCUCAAGAUGUUCUCGCUGUAGAACUGAGGGGCUGAAGGAGUAAUUAGACCACACAGUAACUGAAGAAAAAUGGGCUUUGACGCUGACUAAAGUUUAUUGUUCCCGUGGCUUAGACGCAGUUUUUAUCCAGCUUCUGCGUACCUUAAGUUAAGCUUUGUUACCACUAGCAGGGGUUCUUGCAUGUUAACAUUCGGUAAUGCUGCCCGCUGGUUAUUCCACUAUAUAUGAUUAACUAUGUGUUUGUCAUUUUUAACUUGGGUGGUUCCACUGUGAAGCAUAUGAAGACACUGUCCAUUUUUUCUUUCUCUUUUCCUGUGCAAUGGAAUUUAUGUAAAAUUGUGAGUAUA